GCAAUGGCCGCCCCUAGGCCUGUUCUCAACACGAAGGUGUUUGUCCUCACUCCCUUUGAGCCUGGAGAAACGGCCUGCGGUUUACUACCCAAAUCCUUUUUAGGCCCGGGACUCUUGAAAUAGAAGGAAGAUUCUGACAGACGGAAAGGAAAUUGUGUGUCAUUCUCAAUUAACCAAACUUCCUUGAAAUACUAGGCACAAGAAAUACCUAGCAAUGCUUUACAAAGAAAGAAGAGAACACAAAUGGUGGGUUUUCUAGAUCGCAUGACUAAUGCAUAGAAACUCUUAAAAAACAGAACCAGAAAGAACAAAACAGCCACCUGUAAUAUGACCUCUGAAAGGAUCAGGCAACAAUGACAAGUUUUCAAAAACGGCCCAAUAUGAUGAACAAUUCAUCAAUUUCUUGCUGAAAUAAUGCAACCGUGUUCUUGGUCUGAUCCUUCAUAAAGACGUUGGCAUUAAAUUAAUAACAAAAUCUGCCAACCCAGAAAGUUCUCUGUGCCGAUGCAGAAAGUAAGAGUUCCAUCAUAGAAGAAGCACCAAGCCACCCUAAAGUGCCAAUCUUAGAUAAACUAUUGAGGAACCAGCAGAAGAAGGAAGCAUUGCUGAAUAGCUCCACAGACACUGCAGAGUGCAAAUGGUCUCAGGAGAAAGGGUGACUCCUCCUCCUUGGAAGGACUGCUCUUCAAGACGCUGCACCUUCUCCCAGGUCCGUCCUGACGUCACCUAGUAACUGAAGUGUCCAUCUGAGCUGAUCCUUAUCUCAUGAAGCAAAAGCUCCCACAUCCCUGUUACAACCAGGUAACUACAUGGAUGGCCGGGUCCUGGGGCUUGCCUCUGUGAGCCAUGCCAUCUGAAUCUGCUUUCUUCAAUCAACCAAGAGUGGAGGCCAGCCCCCAGCCUCCAUCUGCCAGCCCAAAGAGGAAGAGGGACUUGUCAUCAGAUUCUGAGGAUGACCUGGCAGAGCUUUGGGGCCCUGAACCCGAGCCGGUGUGGUCAGUGGAGACACUGUGUGGGCUCAGGAUGAAACUAAAGAGGCAGCGUGUGUCUGCAGUGAGGCCUGAACACCACAAAGUCUUCACCAGGCUGCUGGAGGAUCCCGUGGUGAAAAAAUUCCUGGCCUGGGACAAGAUGCUGAGAGUGUCUGAUAAGUACCUCCUGUCUAUGGUCAUAGCUUAUUUCAGCCGUGCAGGGCUCUUCUCCUGGCAGUUUAGGCCAAUCCACUUCUUCCUGGCUCUGUACUUGGCCAAUGACAUGGAGGAGGACAACCAGGCCCCUAAACAAGACAUUUUUUACUUCCUCUAUGGGAAGAGCUAUGCCCAGCGCCCCAUGUUCCACAAACUGCGGUUCCAGCUCAUUCGGUCCAUGGACUGGAAGAUCUGGGUGUCCCAGGAGGAGUGCGAAGAGAUCCAAGCUUACAACCCAGAGCUAUGGGUGUGGGCACGGGAUCGCACCAACCUUACUUAGAACCCUAGAGCCAUGGAGGCCUAAGUCCAUUGGCCUGAGUUAGAUCCCUGUGCCUGAGGGAGACACUCUAUGCCAACAUUAAGGGCUGCUGGGGGAAAGAAGAGAGGACUGCCUUGCACAAGAAACUAGAAGAACCAUGAUUCUUCUAGAAGGAGUGGAAUGGAAUCACCACACUGUGCUCCUGGGAAUGGGAACACAUGUAGGGGCUCUGGAGGAGAAAUAAGAAAUCAGGAUUCCUCCAGGGCCCAUUCUACUCAGCGGCACCAGCUAAAUGUUAUCCUGAAUGUCCUCAGUCCCCUCUCCCUGAGGUAGCAGCUGAAAGCCUAUAAUUUGUCUCCAAAGACUCAGGCCGUUUGAAGGAGGCACUCAGGGCUCAGAUGAGGAGGGACCUACCUUCAAAAUAUAGUAUUUGAGCCAUAUAUUUGUAAUAGAAAGCUUUAAUAUAUUUCAUAUUUUUAUUGGAGUCUAUAAAUGUUUAUCAUAGAAUUAUUUAUUUUGAAUAGUUUUGAGGUAUUGUGGAUUGAAAGCAUGCAGUUAUUGCAGUUUUAUGAUGGAUGUUAAAACUUUCCUAUGUGUAAAUAUUCUCUAAGAGAAGAUUCGGGUUUUUUUUAUCGAUUUGUUUUGUUUUGAGACAGAGCCUCACUAGGACCAGACUGACCUCAAGCUCAGAGAGACCCACCUACUUCUGCCUCCUAAGUGCUGGGAUUAAAGGUGUGUGCCACCAUGCCUUGUGGGUUUUUGGAUUCUACUUACAGAUACUUGUUUCAUGUAAAUAUAAAUUCUUGUUUGAAAUUUACUCUUUAUUACUGAGUUGUGAACAAAUAAUACUUAUUUAACUUCCUUUGAUCUAAAGAUGAUAUGUAU